AUGAGCUGUCCGCAACUUAUUUUGCACCUGCCUUAUUCUCCCCCAUUUAAUUGUUAUCAAUUAUUUUUCUACUUGUCUUGGUUGCAGAAUGCAUGCCAUAAAGGGUCCUAUGGCUACCAGAAGCUGAAAGAACGAGAACCAAGAGCUUGUAUCCGAUUCAAAUGUGCGCUCACAAACACCAUCUUAGAUAUCCUGCGUCGGAGACCAGGAUGGGUUGAAGUAAAAGAGGAGGGUGAGUGGGAUUUUUACUGGUGUGAUGUCUGCUGGCUUCGGGAGAAUUUUGACCAUACCUACAUGGACGAACAUGUUCGCAUCUGCCACUUCCGGAACCACUACGAGCUGACUCGUAAGAAUUACAUAGUGAAGAACCUGAAGAGGUUUCGGAAGCAGAUAGAAAGAGAGGCAGGAAAGCUGGAGGCAACAAAAUGUGACUUUUUCCCCAAGACCUUUGAGAUGCCAUCAGAGUACCACUUGUUUGUGGAAGAAUUUCGCAAGAAUCCUGGCAUCACCUGGAUUAUGAAACCAGUUGCCAGGUCACAAGGGAAAGGCAUUUUUCUGUUCCGAAAACUCAAGGACGUCAUUGACUGGAGGAAGGAUGGGGUCCGUACAGAUGAUCAGAAAGAUGAAACUCAAGUAGAGAAUUAUGUAGCUCAGUGCUAUAUUGAAAACCCAUAUUUAAUAGGAGGUCGAAAGUUUGACUUGAGAGUUUAUGUUCUAGUGAUGUCUUACAUCCCGCUGAAGGCCUGGUUAUAUCGGGAUGGCUUUGCUCGCUUCUCCAACACACGCUUCACUCUAAGUAGCAUAGAUGAUCAUUAUGUGCAUCUCACCAAUGUAGCAGUGCAGAAGACUGCACCUGACUAUGAUCCAGAGAAGGGCUGCAAGUGGAUGAUUCAGCGGUUCCGACAGUACCUGACUGCCAAGCAUGGGGCAGAAGUGGUGGAGACUCUUUUUGCAGAAAUGGACAACAUUUUCAUCAAGAGCCUACAGAGUGUUCAGAAAGUGAUCAUCAGCGACAAACACUGUUUUGAACUGUAUGGAUACGACAUCCUGAUAGACCAGGAGCUCAAGCCCUGGCUUCUUGAGGUUAAUGCUUCUCCCUCCCUCACUGCCAGUAGUCAGGAGGACUAUGAGCUCAAGUGUCGCCUUCUCAAGGACACAUUGCAUAUUGUGGACAUGGAGGGCAGGCUGACAGGGAAGGAGAAGCGUAUUGGGGGCUUUGACCUGAUGUGGAAUGAUGGUCCAGUCAGUAGAGCAGAAGGGAAUGUGGAUACACCAGUAAACGGAAGCUUCAUGGCAAACACACAUUUAGGCUACAACAAUGACAGGAAAAAACAGCUGAAGCAGCUCUUCAAAUCUCUUCCUACCCAGCAGAAAGUUCAAUGCUGACCCAGAGCAUGCGGCAAGAGAAGUCACUGAGGAUUGAGCUCUUUUGCUCCCUCUUCCUCAUCUUGUAGAGCUGCAGUUCUCAUUUGUCUCUGGAUAGUUUUGCUGCCUCAGCAUAAGACUGCUGGCCAUUUCUUGGUUCCUUAGGCUUUUCCCUGCGUGGGAAUCUUAGUUUUCAUAAGCCAGAGCAACAAUAGACGUGGGUUGGCUUUUAACUUGGACAUGAUGCAAUCAGGUAUUUUGGUGAUGGUCUGUUGUGGUUGACCAGUUCUUCGGUAAAGAAUUCAUCUGUUUUGUUCCACAGUGCGGGCUGUAGCAAGGCUGUCAACUGGCUACCACAUACGACUAUAGAUCAGCUGUACACGCCACAUUGCAGACAAAAAGCACUCCUAUCCAUCACUGACUCUGUAUACGUUGCAAUGGAUAUGAAUAAAAUAUUUAAUGCCUCGGUGCUGGUAGAAAUCCAGAAGAAGUGCUGCUUCACUGGUCCUCAAUUUGAGGUUCUUGACAUGAGUAGUUUUCCUUUAAAGUGUAAACUCUAAAAGGGGCUAUGCAGACUCUGCUCACUCAAAUGGAAGCUUUUCAGAAAGGUGGGCAUUUGAGCCUCAUGCUGCUACUAUUACAGAAACACAUCCCAUCAUAAGGCCUGUUGCCAUGAUACAGUAACAAUAACCUUACCGUUCUAUUUUAUGAAGGCACAGAGUGGCUCCACUAUGCUGGUUACAUGUUAUAAUGAAGGGAUUUAGUACCUUUGAGCUAGGAAAAGUAACUUUACCACCCUCUUACAGAAGAGAGAAUUUUCUGGAAAGCUACAGUGAGGCUAUUCACUAAUGGGAACCAUUUUAAACUUCUAAAUCUGUAAUUUAAGCCUUAAGCCUACAGUGCAUAGCUUUGCUUUUAGCAGUUGGAAGUUUAUGUGGAUGUAGCUCUAAAUCCAAUACAUUAGCUAGUUAAAUACAGCCAACUUUUAAAAAAACACUCAAGCAAAGCUGAUAGAUUUACCAAAACAGCCCGUCUUAAGGAGAGUGGAACAGGCCUAUUCUGGUGCAAACCCACUCCUCCUGAGCUCUAUUCAAAUUUUAUAUUUGUGCAAAACUGAACAAAACACAGUGCAUAUUGGUGUGUAUGUGCCUGCCUAGCUGUCUGGGAGAUUGGCUGAGAGCUAACAAUUACAGUUGUUCUGUUUAAAGUUUAAACACCUGGUGCUCAAAGCUGUUCACCCAAUCCAGCAGGAGGCUGAGUGCUAGACAAAGAUGAAGGGUCAGCUACAGUUCUCUGUGCGGAGAGUACAAAAUCUGCCAAAACAGAUGCAGUUGUUUCACUGGCUUGCUAGCUAUGCCUACUCCCCAGCCCUCAAAUUGAAACCAGUGUUUUAAACUAAAAUUCCCCACCCAAAACCACGUUCACUAAUCUAGGGCACACUUUCAAGCAAUGCAAACACUAAAAAUGAAAAAAGAAUGAAA